AUGCCGCACACAAGUAAAAAGAAGAGGGCCACACCAAACAAGCGCAGGCAUUUGAUAGACGAGGAUGGUUGGACUCGAGUCACCACCACGUCGGACGCAAGAUCAACUGCCCCAUUCCCUCCCAAACUUCCUAUGACUGAACACUCGAGGAUCCAAAACUUUAAAUGGGGCAUCGAUGGUAAAUUUGUGACCAUUAAAUCCAGACUACAUGCGCCGCCGCAUCCGAAUCAGGGAGUUUCCGUCGAGAAGAUGAUUGCCAGAUAUCGCAGUCUGGAGUCAAAGUGGCUAGAAUCCACGAGUUAUGCGGCCCUGAAGACGACUUUAAGCAAAGAAUGGGUAGGUCAAGGCAUAGGAGCCGUCUCAAAGUGUGUCAUGUUCGGCUCUGGUAGCUUCUCUGCGACAGCCCUGGGUCGUGAGGAUGUCUCGUUCUAUCAGCUUGCUGCCUUCCAAAGUGCGGUUGAGCUUAUCGGCCAAGUUCAAGGCCAUGUUCCGAGCUCCUAUGCACAGGAACCCUUCUAUGUAGAGUCAGACAUUGAAUUCCUGGCGACGCUUGGGAUAACUACUGUUGAACAUCCCCAGGGAUUUGAUCUUGUUGACGGUACUUGCUUUGCUUACUCUCCCUGUGCAGAACGAUGGGUAGAACUUCAGAUCAUGUACAAUCAACCCAGGCUAUGGCUGAAUGUGCGCUUGCAGGACAGAUGGCCACUCCGUGAUGAUGGCACGGCACCAAAAGGGCACUCCAUCAACUGGAUGCUCAAUUUCAGGGUGCCAGAUCCUGAAAAUCCGGACUGGCACGCCGUUUAUGACGAAGAUUUAGGACCUGGGGAUGGAGAGAAACGACUACAAGAGGAAUAUUUAAUCAACCAUCAUCUCUAUGGAUCAUUUAGACGAUCGCACCAGUCUCUCUUGUUGCCAGAUCUUGAUGCCAGCAAUUAUCCUUUUAGCGAUUGUGCCAUUCACUGGCCGGUGGAAGAUGAAGAAUCACCCUCAAGUGAAUUUACGAAGCUCACAGAAGAAGUCUCCACCCUCUCGAUUCAAGAGCAGUCAGUCACAUAG